AUGGCCGCCAAUACUCCGCUCUAUACCUACAUCUCCCCUCGCGAGGGGUACGAAAGUGCCCCCCCGCUGCCAACCGAGCUCAACGAGGAUGGCAAGAGCUUCAGGAACCCACCACGGGAGGGAUUGAGCAAGACUUAUGAGGAGUUUCCAGCUCCCCUAGACACUGGGAGACAAGGUGGCUUUGACGUCCACAUCUACCAUUUUCAGAGCAACCCAGAACAAGUAAAGCAUGCCAGAGACCUUUGGGAACGUAUACGGAGAGAAUUCCCAGAGCUGAGAAUCUAUCGAUUCUGGGAAAAGCCCAUUGGCCCCCACCCCGUGGCCAUGUUUGAAGUCAACAUCUUCACGCCAGCACAGUUUGGCGCAUUCAUACCAUGGUUGACCAUAUAUCGAGGUCCUCUUUCCGUUCUUAUUCAUCCCAACACAGUCGAGGAAGGCAUUGACCACAAUGCCACGGAACUCCGCAAUCACACACAAAGAGCUACAUGGAUGGGCGACAGGUUGCCUCUGGACACCACUAUUUUCUACCGCAAUAAAAACUAG